AAGCAAUUCCAAACACUUUCACCCUAUUGCGCACUUCUCACUCUAGAGGCCCACCCACCCUUUCUCACUCUCUCUCUAUCUCUCACAGCACCCAAUUUCUUUUUCUUUCUUUUUUUUAUUAAAAAAUAAGACAAGGAAUAAAAGCUCUGAAUUUUGGAUUGCCUUCUGUUUCAUACAAUUUCGAUUGAUUGCAAUGACAAGGCCUAAUCAAGAGGCGGUUGAGACAUUCGUCAGCAUCACUGGUUUGCCUGAGGCAGUAGCGCUGCAAAAGCUCGAGGAGCAUGGAGGUAAUCUCAAUGAAGCAGUCAAUGCACAUUUUAGUGAAGGAGACAGAAUUUUAACAACUGGCACUCACAGUAGCUCUACUGCAUUUCCUCAAGAUGAUUUCAUGGAUAUAGAUGAUCAACAGGAUGCAGAUAUUCAGAGAAUUCCUUCACUUCCAGCUUUAGCAGCAAAUGUCAAUCCGUUUUCUCUUCUUGAUCCUACACUUGGGAGAGGUAUAUUUGGUACUCCUCUUGAUUCAACUGUCCAGGCACCCUUUGUUACACAUCCUAGGGAGGUGAGGGAGAUUCCUAUAGAGGUUAAGGAGGGUAACCAAUCCACUACUCAAUCUGGUCAUCCAUCCAUUGAAGAUGUCACUGGAACUGUUGAUGCCCGUGGUCCAGAUAUCCAUGGGACUGUCAUAAUCAACGAUGAAGAUGAUGACACUCCACUUGCCCAGAUUGCACAUCAAGAUGAGCAAAACCAUAACAUCCUGGCUGAUGCCUCACUCAAUACCCGUGCUAGACCUAGUGCUCCUGAAUCUGAGAAUUUACCAGAUUAUAACAAUGACAUAGAAGAAGAAAUGCUUCGGGCAGCCAUUGAGGCUUCUAAACGGGAGGCUGAGGAAAAUUACAGAACUCACAAACUUGGAAGACAAACUGACUCAACUGAAUCAGGAUCACAGUCAAGGCAAUCAUAUUUGGAGGAUCCCGAGCUUGCCCAUGCAGUUUCAUUGUCCCUAAAGACAGCUGAGCAAGAAAAAGCAUGGCGUGUACAAGGAGGAGAUUCUGAAUCUCCACCAGCCGGGCCAUCAAAGUCAUCAGAGGCUGGACCAGUGGAAGUGGCAUCUAAUGGAAGGUUGCAGGCAGGAAGCUUGUCCUUUCAUGAUGAAGCUGAAGAUAUAGAGGAGCAACCACUCGUUAGGAACAGAUCUAGACAUAUGUCUUCAGGAUCCGCAGGGUCAGUCAAAGAUGUUGAAUUUGCUGAGGCUAGCACACUACCAAGCACAGCGCCACAGGAGACCAGUAAUCCUCCUCAUAAUAGAAAUUCCUUCCCCUCUGAUGAGUGGGGUGGCAUAUCUUCAGAGGAGCAUGAUGAAGCAGUAAUGCUUGAAGCUGCAAUGUUUGGUGGAAUCCCGGAAGGUACUGGAUACCAGUAUGCUUAUGCACCACAUGAGUUUAUGCAAGGUAGGGGUUCUAAUCCUCGUGCCUCAUAUCGCCCACCUUCACCAUCACUAGCAGCACAGCGUUUGAUAAGGGAACAGCAGGAUGAUGAAUAUCUUGCAUCAUUACGAGCAGACAGAGAAAAAGAAUUGAAGGCCAGAGAAGAAGCCGAGGCUGCUCUUGAAGAGGAAAGGCGGAGAGCAGAAGAAACUCGCAGGAAAUUACAGGAAGAGCAGGAAUUGGAAACACAAUUAGCCGCCAAAGAAGUUUCCCUGCCCCCAGAACCAUCACAGAGGCCCACCCACCCUUUCUCACUCUCUCUCUAUCUCUCACAGCACCCAAUUUCUUUUUCUUUCUUUUUUUUAUUAAAAAAUAAGACAAGGAAUAAAAGCUCUGAAUUUUGGAUUGCCUUCUGUUUCAUACAAUUUCGAUUGAUUGCAAUGACAAGGCCUAAUCAAGAGGCGGUUGAGACAUUCGUCAGCAUCACUGGUUUGCCUGAGGCAGUAGCGCUGCAAAAGCUCGAGGAGCAUGGAGGUAAUCUCAAUGAAGCAGUCAAUGCACAUUUUAGUGAAGGAGACAGAAUUUUAACAACUGGCACUCACAGUAGCUCUACUGCAUUUCCUCAAGAUGAUUUCAUGGAUAUAGAUGAUCAACAGGAUGCAGAUAUUCAGAGAAUUCCUUCACUUCCAGCUUUAGCAGCAAAUGUCAAUCCGUUUUCUCUUCUUGAUCCUACACUUGGGAGAGGUAUAUUUGGUACUCCUCUUGAUUCAACUGUCCAGGCACCCUUUGUUACACAUCCUAGGGAGGUGAGGGAGAUUCCUAUAGAGGUUAAGGAGGGUAACCAAUCCACUACUCAAUCUGGUCAUCCAUCCAUUGAAGAUGUCACUGGAACUGUUGAUGCCCGUGGUCCAGAUAUCCAUGGGACUGUCAUAAUCAACGAUGAAGAUGAUGACACUCCACUUGCCCAGAUUGCACAUCAAGAUGAGCAAAACCAUAACAUCCUGGCUGAUGCCUCACUCAAUACCCGUGCUAGACCUAGUGCUCCUGAAUCUGAGAAUUUACCAGAUUAUAACAAUGACAUAGAAGAAGAAAUGCUUCGGGCAGCCAUUGAGGCUUCUAAACGGGAGGCUGAGGAAAAUUACAGAACUCACAAACUUGGAAGACAAACUGACUCAACUGAAUCAGGAUCACAGUCAAGGCAAUCAUAUUUGGAGGAUCCCGAGCUUGCCCAUGCAGUUUCAUUGUCCCUAAAGACAGCUGAGCAAGAAAAAGCAUGGCGUGUACAAGGAGGAGAUUCUGAAUCUCCACCAGCCGGGCCAUCAAAGUCAUCAGAGGCUGGACCAGUGGAAGUGGCAUCUAAUGGAAGGUUGCAGGCAGGAAGCUUGUCCUUUCAUGAUGAAGCUGAAGAUAUAGAGGAGCAACCACUCGUUAGGAACAGAUCUAGACAUAUGUCUUCAGGAUCCGCAGGGUCAGUCAAAGAUGUUGAAUUUGCUGAGGCUAGCACACUACCAAGCACAGCGCCACAGGAGACCAGUAAUCCUCCUCAUAAUAGAAAUUCCUUCCCCUCUGAUGAGUGGGGUGGCAUAUCUUCAGAGGAGCAUGAUGAAGCAGUAAUGCUUGAAGCUGCAAUGUUUGGUGGAAUCCCGGAAGGUACUGGAUACCAGUAUGCUUAUGCACCACAUGAGUUUAUGCAAGGUAGGGGUUCUAAUCCUCGUGCCUCAUAUCGCCCACCUUCACCAUCACUAGCAGCACAGCGUUUGAUAAGGGAACAGCAGGAUGAUGAAUAUCUUGCAUCAUUACGAGCAGACAGAGAAAAAGAAUUGAAGGCCAGAGAAGAAGCCGAGGCUGCUCUUGAAGAGGAAAGGCGGAGAGCAGAAGAAACUCGCAGGAAAUUACAGGAAGAGCAGGAAUUGGAAACACAAUUAGCCGCCAAAGAAGUUUCCCUGCCCCCAGAACCAUCGUCAGAUGAUGAUAACGCUGUUAAUUUGCUGGUAAAAAUGCCAGAUGGCAACCGUCGUGGACGCCGAUUCCUAAGAUCUAAUAGGCUACAGUCUCUGUUCGACUUCAUAGACAUCGGUAGGGUGGUGAAACCAGGCAGUUACAGACUGGUGAGACCAUAUCCUAGGCGUGCUUUUAGUGAUGAAGAAAGUGCUUCAACUCUGGCUGAACUUGGCCUAAACAACAAGCAAGAAGCUUUGUUUUUGGAGUUAAUCUGAUGCAUUGUUGGAAUUUGCUACGAAACAAGCUAUUGAAGUUUUUAGUUUAUUAAUUAAAAUUAAAAUUUGAACUACAAUACACAGACGGAUAUGACAUUUUAGUUUAAUCUGGGAUUGUACUGUUUGGGUGAUGCAAUUUAUAAAUUUACAGAUCUACAUGAAA